AUGUUGAAUAGUUUCUGGGGCAAAUUCGGCGAGCGCAUUAACAAACCCACCACCGUCACUGUCCAAAACCCCGCCCAUUUGUUCAGCCUCGUUUCCGAUGCGGCUCUCGAUCUCAGUACGCUCCGCCUCUGUACCGACGACAUCUUGGAGGCCGUUUACACCAGUGUCGAAGACAAUGCCGUCAAAGGCACCAAAACCAAUAUCUUUGUGGCGGCUUUCACCACGUGCCAUGCUCGGCUCAAGCUCUACGAGUCCCUGGACACCCUUCAACAGCAAGUGCUUUAUUAUGAUACCGACAGUGUGGUGUACAAGUGGCGUCCGGGUCAACCCUCUAUCACUACAGGCGAUUUUCUCGGGGACAUGACGGAUGAAUUGGACGGAGACGUCAUCACCGAGUUCGUUUCGGGGGGCGCCAAGAAUUAUGGGUACACGACCCGUGGAGGUAAAGUGGUGUGCAAGGUCCGCGGUUUCACCCUGAAUGUUCGGGGGUCGGCCAUUCUUAAUUUUCACACCAUGAAAGAGAACAUUCUCUCUGAACUAGAUUCGCCUCAGGACUCUUACCGAAAUUUGAACAUUGUCACCCCUUAUCAUUUCACACGGGAUUUGGAAAAGAAACAAAUUCAAGUAGUUCCGCGCGUGAAGCAGUAUGGGUUGGUGUUUGACAAGCGUGUCAUUGAUGUGUCUACUCGAUCCAGCUAUCCCUAUGGCUACGAGAAGAUUGAGGACGAAUUGGAUCUUCUAUUAGAUUUGUAA